AUGAGCCACACUGAUAGGACUUAUGUGUCUAACCUUGAACAUCAGCUCAUGUUGGACAGCAACUUCCAGAUAUUUUUGCCAGCAGAUAAUGUCUGUUGUUCUGUUGAUCCUUUAUCUUUUUUUCUACUUUUUUAACAGGCACAAUCAAUACUACAGGCAUCAAAUGAAAAGCUGGACCUCCUUAAAUAUUCCUUGGAGGAACGAGUGAAAGAACUUCCUGAUGGCCACCCUAGGAAGAGUAUAACCACCGAGGAACUGUCCCUUGGUUCAGUCAAAUCCAAGUCCAUAGCACUAACGGGUAAGUUAUUUUUGUCUCUGAAAGAUCUGUGCAUAAACUAAACAAGUAUAUUUAACAUUGAAAUAUCCGAGCAUGUUUCCAUCUGUGUGAAGUCUGACUGGAGGAAACUCUGAGUUAUUCUACCGAUAUUCCAGCAGGAUUUAUUCUAUGUGACGUGGAUGCAAGUUUAAAUGUGACCGGUGACAUUUUAAAUGAUAACAAUAUGUAACUCUUAGCAUUAUUCUUCCAAAUGUACUGAGCUAGCUUUCUGCAUAACUUUUAAAUGAGUGAAUUAUUAGCAUAAACUAAGUAAACAAGUUAAGCAUUACACUUUGAGGAAUACUUUACUAAUGGGCAAUUAGAUAAAUGACUUUACUUACUGUCUAAAACACAGUUUAUAAUAAUCUGAAUAUGUGAAAAUGACAUGUUACUGAGAAUUUGCGCAUUCUUGGUAUUCUCAUUUAUUCAGUUUUACUUUUUUUUAUUAUCUUAGAGUCCCAAGUGUAAAGGUUAAUCCAGACAUGGUUAAUCCAGACAUGGACUCCUUGUUCACUUUGCAUAGAGGGGUUCCAACUUGUGUAGCGUGGACUUAUUGCAUUCUGGUUCUGAAUUACUCCUGUGAGUGUUUAGAAAUAUCUAAUAAUGCAAAUAGUAUAGGUUUCCUCUCUAAUGGCACCAGUGAGAUAAACCUUGUCUGAGUACCAAGCAGGGACUAACUGACGCUACUGAGUUUUUAUCUGUUUGUAAGUUCAGUUUUGGUUGAUUUAUAUUCUGAUAAAGAUGUAAAAGCUGCCUAAUCCAUUUCAUAUUCUGUGUGUGCUACUUAGACCAAACACAACAUUUUCUCUAAAAUAAAUGUGAAAGUGUAAUAGCCAUUGUUACAAUAUGUAUUCUGAUUGUUUGACAGGUACUCUGAAAGUGCGAGUAAAGGGCUGUCACGGUAUUCUGGAGAAUGUACCUGGCAGACUAAUGAACCCGUCAGAUGUUCUCCCUGGCAGGAGUCUGCGUCGAGGAAGAUUCUUAUUACUAAACCGGAUCAGAAGAAACAACCGUGGCAGCAAUCAGAACAUCCAAGAGACUUUUGACUUUUCUAGUACAGUGAUUUUUAUCUUAUUAAUCCCGUUAUGUGUACAGUGACGCUCAAUAUCUGGGAUAUCGAACCUUUCCCUGCAACAAUUGUUAAACUACAUAUCCCAUUAUUUACUGACAGAAUUUAUAAUCAUAGUCCAGUAACAUUUGACUGGUCAUGGUUAGACAAAGUCUGUAUAGGAAACUUGGAUCCUUUAACUCGGUAAUGUUCCUGUUUGGGGUGAAUGGAGGCGAAAUACAAAUAUUAUCUAAUAGGAUUCUCCGUCCUUCACAAAGACUCUGCCAAUCAAUCACAAUACUGAAAGUGUUGUCAAGGAGAUCAGUUUUACAAAACAUAUUUCCAGAUAUCCCUCCACAAUUGCCUUUCCCCACCAAAUUAUUUUACUUAUUCUGAAUGAAAUUACUCUAAACUUUAAAAGUGAAGGAAACAUUUACCAAAGAUUCUUCAAGCUGGGAAUCCUAUCUGUCAACUUUAUAUCCUCCUCUAAACAAGUUACAAGUUGCCUUUGAAACGUCCUCCUGGUCCAUGGGGAGAAUACUGGCUCACAACACCCCUUACAUUAUAGUUUUAUCUAAUCAAUAGACGAGAUCUUUACUACUUUACCCGUUGAUGAUUUCAUUGUUUCAUUGGGAUUGUGGCUUUACCAUUCUGAGACUUGAACACAGCUCACAGCCAGACUUUCAGUUUUAUCCUCUGGACUUUCCUGAUUAUUUGUUAAUGCUGAUAACAUUUCUGACUCUUUGUUAAUGCAAUGUCUUGGGUUAGUUUUCUCAUCUAUUUAAUUGCCUUUAAAAUGUUAUUAUUAAUACAUGUAUCUAACAAUGACAUUGUGAUAUAUAACAGUACAUUAUUAUGUAAUCCUGUAGAUUCAUAAUAAAUGCUAAUAAUAUUAAACAAAUACAAUAUUACACAAAACUUUACUGUAUAGUAGAAAACAUGGAACAGUGUGACAAAAAAUAAAUAAAUAAAUAAGAUAGGCCUACCUCUUAGAUCAACAUGAAAAGCCUUGACAUAAUGUAAUACCCAGGGGUGCAUAACACAGGAGGGUCUAUGUAUCAAACCUCCUAGGAAACUGUAGCACUACAAUAUAUGUGGAGUAUAAACUGCAAGAAAGUCCCCUUAAUCCAGUGUGCCAAUACAAUGCUGCAGGAUGGUACCUACUUGAUCUAGUGUGCCAAAACAAGGCUGCAGGAUGGUACCCCCUUAAUCCAGUGUGCCAAAACAAGGCUGCAGGAUGGUACCUACUUAAUCUAGUGUGCCAAAACAAGGCUGCAGGAUGGUACCUCCUUAAUCCAGUGUGCCAAAACAAGGCUGCAGGAUGGUACCUCCUUAAUCCAGUGUGCCAAAACAAGGCUGCAGGAUGGUACCUCCUUAAUCCAGAGUGCCAAAACAAGGAUGCAACAUGGGACUUUUUCCAGAGUGCCAAAACAAGGCUGCAGUGGGAAACCUCCUGGUCCCACAUUGUUAUCAUGCUGUACGUUUCCAUGUGUUAGUGUAGUGAGACUAUACAGAAUCAGGGAAAUCCAUUAGAUAUAUCAGUCUUGAGUUUUACUAAAAAAAUGGCGCUGCUCCAAAGUAAAAACCAAGUGGAUAGUUUUAGUCAGCCAACAAUCUGUACGGUUGUUGCAAUGUAUAGCAAAGUAGUUUUAAAAAGAAAAAGAAGCUUUUUACUGCUACUUUGCCGUACCAUUAUACAUUGCAACACCUGUUCAGAUCGUUUGAUGGCCAUUGUUCCAUAACAAGACAUUUUUAACAUUAGUCUCUACAGCAGCUCUCAAACUAAAUUUUAAGUUGGUAGACAGGCCUUAUGCCCUACAAUGGCCUUAUUUAUUGUAAACUCCCUUACCUGGUUCUAAUGGGUUGGUUACACAAAUUAUUUAUUGAAGGCACCUCUGUAAAACAAUUCUUCCAAAUCUGUGGACAAUAUGUAUUUACACUAAACAUCGCUAUUCAAAUGAAAAUCAAAACCACAAUAUCGAUCUAUAUCCUGUUCAAAAGUUGUAGCAGAUCAACACCAAACUACUCUACCCACAUAUAAACUUAGACUCACUCAUCGUACAAACUCCAAUCUUUACAUUAUUUGUCAGACAAAAAAGGCCGACAGGAGGAACAUCAUUUUCCACAUGUUUUUAGUGAAUUGGUUCUAGUGUUAUUUUACAUGUAUCUCUUUGCCUAUUUUCAGACUGUAUUACCUGGCUGAUUAUAAAUUUGUCUAGUUUUUUAUUUUGUUUUGCUUUUUUUUACAGAAUACAGGAGAUUAGACUCCUUUGAUGAAAGCAAACUCCUAGAGCUUUGUGUAAAGCUAAUAGAUGAACCUUUAUAUCGUCUGUGUAUUGACCAAAGCCACGUAGAAAUGUUCUUUAAAUUAAAAUACUCUUAGCCUUUUAAGUUGAGUUCCUGAAAUUUCCUUACAGGUGAAGUCCGUACUCAGCUGAAGAUCGAUCAUAUUCCAGUGGGUUCAACAAGUUGGAAAACUGUUUCUAACCCAUCCUGGAAUAAGACAUUUAAACUGGAUUUAGAUAAGGUACAUACGGCAUGCCUGAAUUAUUUUUUUUUAGCUUGAAUCCAUUUGUGGCCCCAGGUAGAAUUAAUACGUUAUAAAUCUUCAAAUCCUGUAAAUAGUUGUCUAAAUGGAACUCCUAUUUCUAAACAUUUUAGGACCUUAAUGUAUCAGACAGUUAAAAUUUAGUUAUUUAACAUUGGGUUUGCUUAUCUUUCUCUGGAUAUUGUUAUAGGAUUUUUUAAACAAUCUGUGAUAUAUUGCAUAUUUUAGAAAACAUUUGCCACCUUGACUUUUUAUAACUUUUUAGUUAAAGGCAUUCUGUUAAGCAUUAAAUAACCACAUAGUUUAAUUGCUCAUUUUCCCCAAUACACAAGCUUGCCAUGUGGAUAGAAAAUGUAUAGGUGCAAACUGAUUUUAUGUUUACAUACUCACCACGUCUGGGUCUGCUUAAUGCUCUGUACACCUGACCUGGUAUGAACUGCGAUAAAUCUCUCAAAGUGAGCAAGUCCUGCUGUGUCAAGCCCACACAUGGAAGACUAGUAGCGUGGCUAGUAAUAGGGCAAAGAAUAUAACACUUUAAACAAAUUUAUAUCUUUUCAUUUACUAACCUCUAUAUAUUGAUGGAAAAAUUAUUUUGGUUUUUAAUGUGAAAAUGGUAAAAUGUGCUUUAAAUGGUUCCUUACAAAAACAUGAUUGGUCAAAAACUUUUUUUUGUUUAAAUAACUUUUGCUCAUUAAUUUUCACAUAGUCUCGGGAGCUAGAAAUAUCUUUAUAUUGGCAUGAUCAGAGAUCACUGUGUGCCACAAAGACUCUGAAGUUGGAAGAAUUCCUGUUGAACCCAAAACAGGAACUGUGCCUACAACUGGAACCACAGGGCACCCUUUUCAUCAAGGUGAGAACCAAUCUCUGGCCACUAUCAAUUUAUAGUUAUAUUUUAAUGUAAUAAUACAGAAAACAAAAGAAUGAUUAUGUUACAUAACUUUACAAUUGAAAGCUGGUGAAUGUUCACACUUGGUGAAUAAGUGUAUAAAUAUAAAUCAAACUGUACUGAAGUGUAAACUGAAAUGCACAACUUAGGUAACAAUAGGUGAUUUGAAAGCAUUCCUUAAGUCAGCAAUAGUAGUACCUUGGAUUUUUAGCCUUAAAGGGACUCUGUUUUCAAUUCAUGCAAUUUGGCGUUUAUUGAAUAAACCUUUAUAUAUACGUCAUAUUAGCUUCAUUACCACUUAUAGUAUCUUUGGCAAUCUUUGACUUUUUUAGAUAAAGGACACUAUAUUAAGUUAUAAACUAUUUAUCUAAAUGAAGGGCUUUGCUUAUUGCGAUUUCCUGUAGAAGAACAGAUUUGAAGCGGUUUACUUUUCCAUUUGUGUGUCUGUUUAAAUGUUGGUUUGGCAAAAUAAGAUAUUUCCAUUUACGUCCUGCACUUAACUCUUUCACCCUGUUUUGGAAUAGGUGACAUUUUCCAGUCCUUUCACCCAGAAAAGGCCAAAGCUUCAAACAAUCAGGAAAUUAAUCUCCAAAAAACAAGGUAAGUGUAUGUUUAACAUGCCUCGCAUUAAAUAGCAAACUGCCCAUGGGCCUUUAAAGGCAUCUGUCAGGCAGAAAUGAUUAUUAUUUGGUUACUGACAAGCGGUGAACCCUUGUACCCCAGUACUAGCCCCCAGUGUGAUAGAAAACGUCAAGCUUGUCAAGCAGUGUGAAUGCACUCAAUAACCAGUGUGGGAUUUCACGUUUCAUUAUCUUACAGGUAGAGGGACUGAUACAUAUACAUCCAUUCUAACAACCAUACUGCAGGAUGUACAUCUUAUAUCAUAUACAGUAUACACAGAUUAAAUUACUUAUACCUACCUGAAGAUCAUCAUUUUCACUGGAUGCCAGUCCCAUUAAACACUAAAGGCAUUGGCAUUAUUGGCUAUUGUAAUAUUAUAAGCCAUAACUCACAAUUAAUACAUUCAAAUAAAGUGCUAGGCUUGGAGAUUGUGUUCCUUGUUUUUUCCUUUUGCUUUUACUUUAGAGUUUUUGGAUUAUGAUGAAAGCAGUUCAUCCAUUAUUGAUCUCUGUGUACCAAAUACAAUACUCAAGUUAUGUUCUGUGCUACUUUUAUAGAAGAGACCACCGAACCAGCUCCACUGGAGGAUGCAGCUAUUUAUGCUCACUCGCUGCCUGUAUCGGACACUGAGAGCGUGGAGUCAUUGCCUCCGACUGUGGAUCCUGAAACAGAAAAGACCAUCCAACCAGCUCCAGAGGAGGAUGUGGUUACCGAUUCUCCUAUAUUGCCAGUAGCCACUGAGAGCAUGCACCCAUUAACACCUGAUGUUUACACCAUUACAGAAGAGACCUUCCAACCACCUCAAGUGGAAGCUACAAAAAUUGACAAUGUACCAGUAGCGGAGACUGAGAUUGUGGAGUCAUCACCGCCACCUAUCAAUGCCAUCGCUGCAGAAACCAUCCAACAACCUACAGCGGAAGCUAGAAUUAUUGACAAUGCUCCACUGCCAGUAGAGGACUCUGCGAGCAUUGAACCAUCAACUCAAGCUAUUGUAAGCUUGCUAGAAAUGACAAUCCAACCAGGUCUAGAAGAGGAUUUAGUUACUGACACUACUCCAUUGCCAGUAGAGGACACGGACAGCGUGGAGCCAUCGACGCCAGCUGUCGAAGAUACAGAAAAGAUAAUCCAACCAGCUCCAGAAGAGGUGCCAGCAGAGGACCAUGAGAAAGUGGAAUCAUCACCACCAGCUGUCGCUGAUGAUAUGGAAAACAACAUCCAAACACCAACAGAGAAAGAUGCAGUUAUUGAUAACAUUGUAGAAGAAACCAUUGAACCACCAAAGGGUUUAGUUUGUGACACUGUUCCAUUGGCAGAAGCAGAUGUCGAAAAGCCAUCAUCAUCAGCUGGGUAUUGAGAUAUUCAUCUUUCUCAUCAAUGCUGUUAACGUAUACUAUGUGUUAUAGGAGCAUUUUGUUUUGGAUCUUUGUUCUUUCAUGGGGGAGUAAUUUUAUGUAAUGUAACUUUAAAUAUAUUUAAAAAUGUGUUCUUUUCUUUGCAGUAUUCAGCAAGGAGUUCGGCUGAGCAUUCAGGAUUUUGAUUGUCUCUGUGUGCUGGGAAGAGGAGCAUUUGGAAAGGUGGGCUUUGGGGUAAAUUCCACUUUCAAUAUAAAAGGUGUCUAGAUAAAUGCUAGGUCACAAUAUAUAUAUGUAUUUUACAUUUCAGGUUCUGCUUGUUGAGGACAAGCGUACAAAGAUGAAAUUCGCUUUAAAAGCCCAGAAAAAACAAGAUAUAACUGGAACUAUAAGAGUACCAAGGUCAGUAAAUGGAGAGUACUUAAAAUCCUAA